AUGGUUCAGGGGGUCUUGAGGGUCAGUCUGGAAAAUUAUUUUAAACAGAAACCCCACGAUUCUCAGGAUGAGCCCGAGCACUUGAACAAUGAGCCACUCUACUACCUGUUCUCCCUAGGCACCUAACUGGGCAAUGAGAUCUUCUGUAUCCUGGUCUUCCCUUUUUGGAUCUGGAAACUGGACCCCCUAAUGAUUGCUAGCUGGCAAUCACCUGCCUUACCACCUGUGGUCAAGCUGGAGAUUUGCUACAAUUCCAAGAAUGGCUUGCUCUCCACCCAUACCAUGUCCAGCACCACCAUUCCCAUCACCAACCUGGUCCUGCUCACCUACAGCUGCUAGCAGCAUUCUAUGAUACAUGGACAAAUUCUUAAUCCCUUCCGGAGUUCUCUAGUGUGCCUGAGUAGGUUGUACACAGGAAUGCACUCUCUUCUGGACAUUAUUGCUGGAUUCCUAUAUACAUUUAAUUUUAGCUAUCUUGUGUUUUUGGACCUGACUGACAACUUUAACCAAAUUCCUAACUAUGCUUCAUUGAUCAUUAUUGGGCUUCAUUUAGCUUUGGGGAUCUUUUCUUUCACUCUUGACACCUGCAGUACACCCUGAGGCAACACAGCUGAGAUUCUAGGAGGUGCUGCUGGAAUUGCAUGUGGAUCUCCCACUACUUAUAAUGGAUCUAAGCCUUCUGCACACAUUUUACCUUUGUCUAUGCUUCCCAUUCUUCUGGCUCUCUUUGGAAAAACCAUAUUGUGAGUCUUCAUGUGAAUGGUAUUUGUACAAAUAAAGAUAUAAUGAAAAGUUCACCACCCAUUUAGCCUGUAAAAUCUUUAAGACUGUGAUGAUAUUUGAAAAGCAAGAGAGCACAUGGAAGUUGAGCAUUCGUAUCAGUAUAUUACCUAUGGAAUGAUUGGCUUCUCUAUUACAUUUUUUGUUCCCUACAUAUAUUUGUUUAUUGGUACUGAAGCUCUUGAUGGGGAAAUAUUGUUUUAA